AUUAGUAGCUAGCGUAAUAGAACUACUAGCUACUACUCUCGUCAUCAUCUUUAAUUGGGCACUUGGGGUAUUCUGGAGAGAGAACCGUAGCAGAGAAUACAAAUAUGGCUUUUGGUGGAAUCCUUGGGUUUGACAACGGAAUUGUGUUGGCACCAAUGGGUCCUGAUGUGGCCGGCCCCAAACUGGUCGCCGCUGUGGCUAAUGCUGGAGGCAUCGGCCUCUUGGUUAGCCCCGUCAACAGCUAUGACAUGACGGUGAAAGCCAUCACGGAGACGAGAAAGCUGACAGACAAGCCCUUUGGGGCGGGAAUUCUGCUAGAAUUCGACAACACACGAACAGUGCAAGCUAUUUUUGACGAGAAGCUUGCAUGCAUGCAAGUCUACUGGGGUGACUUCACCAAGGAAAUGGUUGAUGAAGCUCACAAACAUGGUGUCAAGAUAUUGCAUCAAAUCGGAUCAUUGAAGGAUGCAGAGAAAGCAAUUGCAGCAGGGGUCGACUGUAUUAUUGUACAGGGAGUGGAAGCAGGAGGACAUAUCAUUGGCACUGUUGGGCUGAUAGCUUUGCUCCCAAGAGUAGUAGAUUUGGUGGGGGACAGAGAAAUUGCAGUGGUGGCAGCUGGCUCAAUCGCUGACCCUCGCGGCUACGUUGCUGCCUUGUCAUUGGGUGCUCAUGGGAUUUGCAUGGGAACCAGGUUUGUGGCUACCAAGGAAUCAUAUGCAAACCAUUACUACAAGCAACAGUUGCUGCAUUACACUGAGGCGGACACAGACCGCACCGACCUGUACAAUCGUGCCACCUGGAGGUCCCCCGUGAGGUGUCUCAACACUCCCUUCCAUCAACAAUGGAAAAAUGCACCCGAGUCUGUCGAAAACAAUGAAGAACAACCCAUCGUAAGCUAUUCCAUCAUCCAUGGAGAGGAAACUGUUCUUAGACGGUUUGCCGGACAAGUGGCGAAUCCCACCACUGCAGGUGAGCUGGAGAACAUGGUCAUGUACGCCGGACAGGGCGUUGGGCUCAUCAAGGAGAUCCUCCCUGCCGGCGACGUCGUAAAGAAUUUUAUUGAGGGAGCGAAGGAGAUAAUCAAGGGUUUGGGCGACAAAUACCUAGGUACCAACCAAGCCUGAUCGCUGCUACUACUACUACUCUGCAACUAGUCAUUGAAUAAAGGCCUUUUAACACUUGGCCGGAGAAUAAAAUUUAGAAGAUUAUUGCAUAGUACGUAGAGCUCUACUAGGUUGAUUGGCCAUGUAUUGCAUUACUUGCUUUUGCUUUAUCUAUCAAGCCUACGUACAGUUGGUACUUGAUCUAUCAGAAUAAACCAUAA